CUUCAGGAUAAAAAAGGGCAAUAUUAACCAGAAGGUAUUCUCCGUGGGCUAAUUUUGACUACCAUGAGUAGUGUUGCAACCAUUGGAUACAGAGAGCACAGGAUGAACAUUAUUAUCUCUACUGUGGACAAUUUAUGUCUAAAAUAAAUAGGCAAACUUUCCAACCAAAAUGAUCGAGAGGCCCCUAAAUCUUCAAAAUCAACCCAAAAUUCCCUAAUACAGAGAAUAGAUACAGAUUAAAUACAGAUUGGGAUGCCAAACUAAUCUUGACCAUCGAGAGUUUAGAAAGAUGAAAACUUUAAAGAAAAUCAUAAGAGACAAAUAUCCUGCCUACACCAACUUUAAAUUGCAUACUGGAUCUGUCUGUCUACUCUUUCAAUCUGAAUUCCUUUCUAAAGUGUAAAGGAUCGUCUAAAGUGGCUGAAGAUCAUUCAGACGUAAACCGACGUGUAAAACUCUUCUUGUUUCAGUUCUGCAAGGUGAUCACCGUCUCCUGGCUGAAGCACCUCUCAGGUCAGGUGGUGCUCGUCCUGUUGGAUUACCUAGAUCAUGUGACCUUGUGCUCCAAACCGAAGGCAGCAGUGAUGGAGCAGCAGCAGUGGCCGGACAUCUGCAGGCUGCAAGAAAGCGCCAGCUGUCUGCAGCACCUCUGCCGGCUGCAGGUGAGUAGCUGUCUCGGACGCCUUCGCCUCCGGUCGCCGGUCUUCAUGAGCUUCCUGCCGGUGUCGGAGCGCCUGAAGGACUACAUCCUGUACCGAGAGUACAACCUGUACGGCAAACAGAGCAGGAAGAUCAAGCGAGAGAAGGAAAGAGUUUAAAAGACAGAGCGUUGGACGUCAGAGAAAUCCACAGAAGAAGACAGACAGGAAGUAAACAAGUAGACACAUUAUUUUAUUAUUUUCAAUAAGAUAAAGGUCUGUUUAUUACGGUCAUUCAAACUUUUAAACAAUUGCAACAAGAUUCUUAACACGAGGUUGCAAAAACAAAAAUAAUCUGUAUGCAGCAGUUUUCAUUGUUAUUGUGUCUGUGCUUGAUCCCUCAGAGUCGCAGUGUAAGAGCUGCACAGUUAUGAAUAAAGGCAGCUGCACCCUCUUUCAUUCAGCAUUCCCAUUAUUGCUUUAUAAAUGUCUUGCCCCCUUGUGUGUCCACUGAGGUUCGUCAGGCCCAACACAUCUUCAACAAACUCCCCCUUUGCCUCAUCAUAAAAACUCACAAACACCAGCAACUGAGUAUUGUCAGUGGUGUCAGUGGACUCAUCCACAGCUAAGGAAAUGCACUGUGCAUUUUUUAUUCCAUCACAAAGCUGAUUAAUCAAAUCACCAGCCAGUAUUUAUGUUCUUCUGGUUGCUGUGGAAUCUGAGAGGGGGAUUUGCUUGAUUGACUGUUAUUUCAUGUUUUUGUUUGCCUUCAAACAUGGUCUCCAUCACUUCAGUC